CACACACACACACUGAUACAAAUACCUGUUUAAGCCCCUCUGUUAUUUCCUCUCAAGGGCUGAAGUCAGCCACACAGGAUAAAGGAGGGAACGGAAGGAACAGAUCUUUUCGGGAAGAAGACAGAUUUUGUUCUGUCAGGUUCCUUGCAAGAGCAAGUCAAAGCAGAGAGAGAGGAGAGAGGAAAAGCCAGAGGGAGAGGGGGAGAGGGGAUCUGUUGCAGGCAGGGGAAGGCGUGACCUGAAUGGAGAAUGCCAGCCAAUUCCAGAGACACACAGGGACCUCAGAACAAAGAUAAGGCAUCGCGGACACCACACCGGGCACGAGCUCACAGGCAAGUCAGUCUGGGAGGACCAAGGCCGGGCAGCCAGGAGCACCCAAGGCAGGAAAAUGAGGGCGCUGCCUGCUGGCGAAUGUGACUCUCCUCCUGUUCACCCACAAGGCUGAUCUUUCAUGUUCCUCCUCUGGAAAGAGCAUUGCUUUCUGUCUUCCAACACUUUGUGGCUGCUUCUCUAUCAUGCUCUGUGCUUCUCCCUGUCAAAGGCUUCAGCCCAUACCGUGGAGCUAAACAAUAUGUUUGGCCAGAUCCAGUCGCCUGGUUAUCCAGACUCCUAUCCCAGUGAUUCGGAGGUGACUUGGAAUAUCACUGUCCCAGAUGGGUUUCGGAUCAAGCUUUACUUCAUGCACUUCAACUUGGAAUCCUCCUACCUUUGUGAAUAUGACUAUGUGAAGGUAGAAACUGAAGACCAGGUGUUGGCGACCUUCUGUGGCAGGGAGACCACAGACACAGAGCAGACUCCUGGCAAGGGGGUGGUCCUCUCCCCGGGUUCCUUCAUGUCCAUCACUUUCCGGUCAGAUUUCUCCAAUGAGGAGCGAUUCACAGGCUUUGAUGCCCACUACAUGGCUGUGGAUGUGGACGAGUGCAAGGAGAGGGAGGACGAGGAGCUGUCCUGUGACCAUUACUGCCACAACUACAUCGGUGGCUACUACUGCUCCUGCCGCUUUGGCUACAUCCUCCACACAGACAACAGGACCUGCCGAGUGGAGUGCAGUGACAACCUCUUCACCCAAAGGACUGGGGUGAUCACCAGCCCUGACUUCCCAAACCCUUACCCCAAGAGCUCUGAAUGCCUCUAUACCAUCAAGCUGGAGGAGGGUUUCAUGGUCAGCCUGCAGUUCGAGGACAUUUUUGACAUUGAAGACCAUCCUGACGUGUCCUGCCCUUAUGACUACAUUAAGGUCAAAGUUGGUCCAAAAGUUUGGGGGCCAUUCUGUGGAGAGAAAGCCCCAGAGCCCAUCAACACCCAGAGCCACCAUGUCCUGAUACUGUUCCAUAGCGACAACUCGGGCGAGAACCGGGGCUGGAGGCUCUCAUACAGGGCUGCAGGAAAUGAGUGCCCAGAGCUACGGCCUCCUGUCCGUGGGAAACUCGAGCCCUCCCAAGCCAAGUAUUCCUUCAAAGACCAAGUGCUCGUCAGCUGUGACACAGGCUACAAAGUGCUGAAGGAUAAUGUGGAGAUGGACACAUUCCAGAUUGAGUGUCUGAAGGACGGGACGUGGAGUAACAAGGUUCCCACCUGUAAAAUUGUAGACUGUAGAGCCCCGGCAGAGCUGGAACACGGGCUGGUCACCUUCUCCACAAGGAACAACCUCACCACAUACAAGUCUGAGAUCAAAUACUCCUGCCAGGAGCCCUAUUACAAGAUGCUCAACAAUAUCACAGGUGUAUACACCUGUUCUGCCCAUGGAGUCUGGAUGAACAAAGUGCUGGGGAGAAGCCUGCCCACCUGCCUUCCAGAGUGUGGUCAGCCCUCGCGCUCUCUGCCAAGCCUGGUCAAGAGGAUCAUUGGGGGCCGAAAUGCUGAGCCCGGCCUCUUCCCGUGGCAGGCCCUGAUAGUGGUGGAGGACACUUCCAGGGUGCCGAACGACAAGUGGUUUGGGAGUGGGGCCCUGCUGUCUGAGUCCUGGGUUGUCACAGCAGCUCACGUGCUGCGCUCCCAGCGUCGAGACAACACGGUGAUACCAGUGUCCAAGGAGCACGUCACCGUCUACCUGGGCUUGCAUGACGUGCGGAACAGGUCAGGGGCGAUCAACAGCUCAGCCGCCCGAAUGGUGCUCCACCCAGACUUCAAUAUCCAAAACUACAACCAUGAUAUAGCUCUGGUGCAGCUGCAGGAGCCGGUGCCCUUGGGACCCCACAUCAUGCCUAUCUGCCUGCCGAGGCUUGAGCCCGAAGGCCCGGCCCCCCACGUGCUGGGCCUGGUGGCCGGCUGGGGCAUCUCCAAUCCCAAUGUGACCGUGGAUGAGAUCAUCAGCAGCGGCACGCGGACCUUGUCGGAUGUCCUGCAGUAUGUCAAGUUACCCGUGGUGCCACACGCUGAGUGCAAAAGCAGCUAUGAGUCCCGCUCAGGCAACUACAGCGUCACGGAGAACAUGUUCUGCGCCGGCUACUACGAGGGCGGCAAAGACACGUGCCUUGGAGAUAGUGGCGGGGCCUUUGUCAUCCUUGAUGACUUGAGCCAGCGCUGGGUGGUACAGGGCCUGGUGUCCUGGGGGGGACCUGAAGAAUGUGGCAGCAAGCAGGUCUAUGGAGUCUACACGAAGGUCUCCAACUAUGUGGAUUGGGUGUGGGAACAGAUAGGUUCACCACAAAGCAUCAGGGAGCCCCGGGUGGAGCCCCAAGUGGAGCGGUGAGCUGACUUACUUCCUCGGGGCCUGCCUCCCCUGCUCCGGGCUGAGCAAAGCUACAGCGCACUUAUGACAGCACACUCCACAUUGCUUAUCAGGCCAAAUGGAAUGGAACACACGGACCUAGCAGUGGCUCCUCCUACCGAGACAGCCCCGGGACCCUGAGAGGCAGCCGUGUGGUAUAAGGAAAAGGCUCCAGGCAAGAGGCCUGCAUUCCUGAGCUUGUCCAGCUCUCUUCGCCUGUCUCGGCCUCACUCCCUAGUAAUACAAUCAGGAGCUCAACCAAGGGUUCUGCGCGUCAAUCCCAGCACUCCUCCCCAGGCCAUGCUGCUUACCCCAGUGGACUUUAUUCACUCCUGACCGCUUAUCAAACCCAUCAGUCCUACUCUUGAUAUAACUGAGCUUAGACCUGACUAUUAGAAAAUUAUUUCUAACAUUGAACAGUUCUGAGUCUGUAUACUUUCCUGCUCUGCCCUCUGCAACUGGCCUUGGCCUAGUCCCUCCUCCAGAAGAUCAUUCAGGUUUUAGGAGAAGGGUCACAGCGAAGCCCCUCUCUCUGAGUGUAGUCCCUUGGAGCACUCUCAUCCCUGGGGGUUCUCACCCAAAAGCUCCUUGCAGUCUGAGCCUUAACGCUUUUGUUCCCCAUUAAAGGAAUUUCAAAGGACGUGGAGAAAGCUGGAAAGGUUUCUGGUGACUGGUGGGAGCAGAAUAGCAGUGGGAGACUCACCAAGCCCUUAAAUUCCCAUUGUCAACUGAGAACACAUUUGUACCCUGGAAUACCAGCUGACACCAUGGGUGUCCACACCUGCUGCCCCAGACAAGCACAAAGCAACCUUUCAGCCUUGAAAUGUGUUUCUAAAAGGCUACCCGAAUCCCAGACCCACAUGUGGAGACUUCGCUCAUUACCCGAAGGUCCUAUUUCAGAAGUGCUCAGGCUUCCCUGGAGCCAAGGAAAAGACCCACGCUGUGUCCUGCUGUGCUUUUGGGCAAGAAAAUGGAAGAAAGGGUGGCGUUGGCACAUUAGGAGUCACCCAAAUCCUGCCAGACUGCCUGACAUCCCUGGGGCAUGAGUUGAACAAAGAAUCCACCCCGCAGGACAUUCAGAGGGAUCCACUCCUUCAUUUUCCAGAGUCAAGAGAAGCAGAGACUCACCCAUGACAGGCAGUGAAAAGAGCCAAGCGUCCUGGGUUCUAGUCCCAGCUCUGCCCACAGCUGGCUGUAUAACCUUCGUCAAAUCAUUUUCCUUCUCUGAGUCUCUGGUUCUCCAUCAACAACAGGAGGGCAUAAGGUCCCCCGCAGGGUCCUUCUAGCCAGAGCACUCAGAGCUUCCCUGGCUGCCUGCCAGCAGCCUCUCUGGCCCUCACAAGACUGAUUGUUCUCCGUCUCCCUGAAGCUCUCUCCUGGAAAUCUCCAUCAGAGCAAGGCAGCCGGAGAAGCCCCUGAGAGAGAAUGACUGAGAAGUAUCCACUUCUCCAACUGGUUCAUCAAAGCACACUCCUGUGUCUAUGAAUGGCACAUGUACAGGAUGUUGUAUUUUGUAUUUUUUAUAUCACAUGCUUGACCACUUUCUAAAGGGCUUCUGCAUUGUUGCUCCCAGCAGCCAUCUAAAGUGGAAAUAAACUCUCGUGGAUAACCAA